AUGAUAUCAAACGUCGUUGAUGAGAAGCAAAGGCGGCCGGCCGCUGAUACUACUUUGUAUGAAGAGACAGUGAAGCCUUUAGAGACUGAGACACAUGUGACACGUCACUUUAAGCUGCAGUUAAAAUGCAAAGAUGGAUCAAUGUUUAAUGUGACAUACGAGCAAGCGAUGAUGUCAUCAACGCUUUGGGUUCUUAUGCAAGAUGUGUAUGAAAAGAAGCCUAAGAAAAGCAUUCAGCAGCACGUAAUUCCUAUCUUUGAUGUGCCUUCUAAGAGCGUACAGUGUGCUCUUAAUUAUUGCAGUUGUCUGUACAAACAACAGGUUGACCGAGUUGAUUCAGCGAUGUUGGACUGGGAGGACGAAUUUGUCAGUCUGGAGUCGAAAGAAUUGUGCGAUCUGGCAAAGGUGGCGUCAAAUUUAGACAUUCAGCCACUCGUGGAUCUCACGUGUCGGUCUAUAGCUCAAAUUAUGUCAGCGACAUCGGAAGCUGAUGAUUUGAGAAAGAAGUUUGGGCUGAAAGAUCCACCCGACGUUGAGUGUAGUUGUGAACUGCGCAGUGAUAUGGCUGGAUUUGACUUUGACAUGUUUAACUCUUUGGAUCAUGAUCUUUCAACCGAAGAGUAUGAGUUAGUGGAGUUUGAUCAACCGAGUGUUGACGAAUUAGUCAAUUUUAUCAAUGGCAGUGGAAGCAACCCAAACGCGACACCAAAUCAAUUAUUGCAGCAACAGACAGUAACAGACAAAAAAGAUUGUCAUUUACAUGGCGAGAGCUUGUCGGAUCCUGGUGGCUCCAAUAAUGGGAGCACAAGUUCCAGUAAGAAAAAGCGAAAAAAGCGUAAAAAGAAAAAAGCUACAUCUAAUUCUUUCGAGAUGAGUUGUCAAUCCGACACCAAAUUUUCCACUGCAAUGAACAUGAGCGCCAGAGUAAACGACACACACAAUCAAGAGACCAGUAGUAGCGAAGAAAAGGAAGAGUCUGAUGCUGGUUCAAUAAAGCCGUCCGUUCGGCAGAAAAACAAGAUAAACAAGCCGCAGACUUUGGAAGAAAAAGUUCGUUUGGCACGACAGAAUCCAAGUGCUGUAUUUAGGGAAUCACAAUUUGAAGACGAUGAUGACGAAAACAUGGCAGAAGUGAUCAAGAUGUUUGAGUUGAAUUUAGAAUCUGCAUAUCGAGAUUGUGAUACAAAGCAGAAGCCUCGUUUGGAUUUUGCGCCACGUGAUGUAUUUCGGUCUCCUCUCGUGCAGUCAUCACAACUGAGCAUGUACAACAGCGUUUUGCAGCCGAGAUGA